AUGGCUCACAAUAUUCCUUAUUUCAAUAGUGGUGCUUCACUAGCCAGUCUUCCUACCGAGAUCUCCGAGCAGAUUUACGCCUACCUCACGCCCACAAUCCUAACACGGCUUGCCAAAGUGAGUAAAGCUGUUUAUGCUUCUGUUCAAUCACCUCUGUACCGGCAUACAACCAUCAGCUCCUAUGAGAAGCUCCAACUUUUCGUUAGGACCUUACACAGCGCUGCUACAUUUGAUACCUGGGGCGAGGGUAUAAGUAAGAAUAUUGUGAGUUUAUGUAUUUCAGUUGAUCCAAAUGCGGGGGCGAGGCCAACAGCCGUCAUGCUCAGUAGAAUGAUUAGCGUUAUCGGAAGAUAUUGCCCUACCGUCAAGAUCACUCUUGAUAUAAAGAACGGCUCUUGUGACGCUCAACCAAUUUGUUCAUUCGAGGGAGCCACUUUCAGUAGAAUUAGUCGUCUAAUCCUUCAUGUGGGUACUGUUGCAGUGGGCGCUGUGAGUACAAGUUCUGGUGGUCCAUCAGCUUCAUCCCGUUCUCAGGUUAUCCCCGUUCGUCGCUUCCCUAUGAACGACUAUAGAGCCGUAGGCCGGGGAGUUUGCAGACCAAACAAAAAGUUUUGGUCCGGCAUCUUCAACGGGCAGAGCUUUCCAGACUUAAGAGAAGUAGAGAUUAGGCAUGAUGCUGGGAUAGGAGGGGCGGGAAGUACAUGGAACCCAACACCAGUAGUCUUCGAUAAUGGGGAUUUGAAGGGUCUUGAUAAAAUUACGAAUCUAAUCGUCGAGUCGGCCCCCGAACUCAAUGAUUCAGUUCUUAUGAGCGCCUUGAACUUUGCGCAUAAGCUGAAGGUAUUGGAGCUGUGUAAUAUCAAUGGCUUAAGCUACGAAGCAUUGUCUCAGCUUCUUCCGCAUGCCCUGCCCAACUUGACCCAUUUUACCCUCAAGAUAGCCGCCAACCAUGGCGCCUCAAACAUGGCUAGACGUCAAUUAGAAAACUACCAACUACCAUCUCCAUCUAACGGCAGAAACAACCCCUUACCCCCCCAUCUCUGUCCCCUCUUUAGGCAGUUUGCCAGAAACCUUCAAUAUUUGAAUCUCAAGGCGCCCUACCUUUGCCGUGACCUGUUCUUGGACGAUGUGGAAAAGUCUAAACUUGAGGAGGUUGGUGUCAGAGCGGAUAUUGGUGGUGCAGCUGGUGCACCUCUCCUCUCGGGCAGUGGAGAGGAGGUAAGGGUAGAUACAAUAGCAAUCAACGAAAUAAUCAAAACUUUUAGGAGGAAAAGGGAGGAAAAUAGAUUUAGGGCGGCAGUAAACGAAGCUCUGAAGGAAAAAGGUGUCAAGAAAGGUGACAGAAAAUACGAAGUCGCAAUUACCGGAGCUGAGUAUGAAGAGGAGCAAAAACGAGUAAAGAGAGCGAGGAAGAUCAACGAACAGAAGUGGACCAGAAAGAUCAGGGUCUCACAGGGAAUGUGUAGAGGGGGCGAAUGUUGGGCUGAGAUGGGUGUUCUUGCAUCACUUGAGGAGGAAGGUGUAAAUUGGCUUCUUGGAAAUGAGGUCCUCGGACUCGUGGCUAGGUGCGCCCAUGGUCAUGUUGACACCGACCAAAAGUACGAAGAUGUAUUCCCAGGUCUUGUAACCACUGAUCAUGAGGGGACACCGAGAUACAACAGAAAUUACGGCCAUGAUUUCAAUGAUGACUUGUGA